UCUGCACUCUGAUUCAUCUGGGAGUUAAGCAGCCGGGAGUUUCUGAGCUGUGAUCCCCAUGGCUCUUGCACAUUCGCCUACCUCUCUCCCUCUGUGCCUGGGCCUGCUGCUGGCAGCUGGCUUUGCCCAGGCAGGCAGGCUGCUGGUGGUGCCCAUGGAUGGAAGCCACUGGUUCACCAUGCGCUCGGUGGUGGAGAAACUCGUCCAGAGAGGGCAUGAGGUGGUCGUGGUCAUGCCGGAGGUGAGCUGGCAGCUGGGACAGUCACUGGAUUACACAGUGAAGACGUACUCAACUUCCUACACUCUGGAGGAUUGGGAUGGGGAAUUUAAGCGGUUUGCUGAGGACCACUGGAAAACUUCAAAACAAAGUAUAUUUCAUAUAUUACUGGGUUCAUCCAGUAGAUUUUUUGAACUAUGUUAUUCACAUUGUAGGAGUUUGUUUAAUGACAAGAAAUUAGUGCAGUACCUAAAGGAGAGUUCUUUUGAUGCUGUCCUUUUGGAUCCUUUUGAUGCGUGUGGCUUUAUUGUUGCCAAAUAUUUUUCACUCCCAUCUGUCGUCUUUGCCAGAGGAAUGUUUUGCCAUUAUCUUGAAGAAGGUGCGCAGAGCCCAGCUCCUCUGUCUUAUGUUCCCAGAUUUCUCUUGAGGUUCUCAGAUGCCAUGAAUUUCAGGCAGAGAGUUCAGAACCAUAUCUCCUACUUGGAGGAGCAUUUGUUUUGCCCGUAUUUUUUUAAAGCUGUGCUAGAAACUGCCUCUGAAGUUCUCCAAACACCCGUCACCACGUAUGACCUCUUCAGCCAACCAGCAAUUUGGUUGUUACGCACAGACUUCGUUUUUGACUAUCCCAAACCUGUGAUGCCCAACAUGGUCUUCGUUGGUGGGAUCAACUGCCAUGAGAGAAAGCCCCUGUCCAUGGUACGUACUCUCUCUUGGCAGGUGAAAGGUAACCUGGGUUUGCACAUUAAGUAG